GAGAGAGAGAGAGAGAGAGAGAGGAGAAGUUGCCCUGAUUCCGUGUCGGAGAGAGAGAGAGAGAUGAGUAAGUGGUUGGGUUUUUCAUUGACACCUCACUUGAGACUUGGCGAAGAAGAAGAAGAACAAGAACACCAAAUUGACGGCGGCGAUGAAUUCUCCGAUCAACCUUUAAAAACUUCCCUUAUGCCUCUCCGAUCCGACGGCUCUCUCUUCUCCUCCGAUCCCACCUCCCGUCCCCUUCAUGCGUGGAGGUAUGAUAUCAAUGUUAAUCUUGUGGGAGCUAACGACGGUGGAACCAAUGAUCAUGUUUCAAAUGUUCAUCAUCAUCAUCAUGAAGAUUUAUUGGGUUGCUGCCUCUCAUCAUCAAAUCCUCAAUCCCAACAAUACCAUAACCAAGCCGAUGCCAAUUGCACCAACAUGUUUAACACAAACCCAAGUGACCUAAUUCUCCAUCAACAAACCCUAGUUACACCGCACCAUUAUCCGAGCGACCCGAGCCCGAGGUUGAGCUACGGACCUUUCGAGACCGCAGGCUCGAUUUCAGGGUCCAAAUCUUGGUUAAGUCAAGGCUCUUCUUCACUACCACUCUUGGAUAUUGCCGCUGAGGAGAGAGGUAAUCCGAGUAUUGAUGAUUUUACUAUUGAAGAGGCUAAUAAUAACAAUGCUAAUGGCUCGAUGUUGUCUCUAACCAUGAGCCGAUAUGGAGAUUCUAAUGAGAUCAAUGGGACGAUUUCGGACAACAUUGGAGAUAAUGUCGAGCCAUUAGUGAUUAAGGGAGAUGAUUCACGUAAGAGAUCGAUCGGUAAAAGUCCGGUUAAAGAAUCGAUUCCUCGGAAAUCCUCUGAUAGUUUCGGACAAAGAACUUCUCAAUAUCGAGGAGUUACUAGGCAUAGAUGGACAGGGAGAUACGAAGCUCAUCUGUGGGACAAUAGCUGUAGGAAAGAAGGACAAACGAGGAAAGGAAGACAAGUUUAUCUUGGUGGGUAUGACAAGGAGGAGAAAGCAGCAAAGGCUUAUGAUUUAGCGGCCUUGAAGUAUUGGGGUCCCACCACCCACUUAAAUUUCCCUGUGAGUAAUUAUGAGAAGGAACUGGAGGAAACGAAAAGCAUGAACAGGCAAGAAUUUGUAGCCAUGCUAAGGAGGAAAAGCAGUGGGUUUUCAAGAGGAGCUUCGGUCUACAGAGGAGUCACGAGGCAUCAUCAGCAUGGAAGAUGGCAAGCUCGAAUCGGCAGAGUCGCUGGAAACAAGGACUUGUACCUCGGCACUUUUAGCACGCAAGAAGAAGCAGCAGAGGCAUACGAUAUAGCGGCGAUCAAAUUCAGGGGCACGAACGCUGUGACGAACUUCGACAUUAGCCGAUACGACGUGAAGAGGAUUUGUUCGAGCUCUACCCUCAUCGCCGGCGACCAGGCCAAACGCUCUCCCACCAACUCCGGCGGCCAUGACCACCGUGAAGCCGCCGGAGACUCGCACCAACAUGAUCAUGAUCAUGACCACCAUCGUCAGGAUCAAGAUCAUGAUCAUCAUGGUGAGACUAUCCCCAUGUUUGCUCUGUGGAACGCGUGAUUCCAUUUUGGCAUUAACCUAUGAUUGUUUCGUUGCAAUUCAAGACGUUUUUAGUCAGUAUGUAGUACAGUAUAAUUUUAUAUUUACGGAGGUAUCAUCAUAUACAUCUGUUAGUAUGACCUUGGGUUAUGUACGUAUUGAUUUUUUGGAUUUCAA